CACCCAAUCAUCACUCUCUCUUGCUAGGAUCGAUCCUAUCUCGUCAACGAUCGUCGUUUUUACUCUUUAAAACCCUUCAAUCCCCAAACCUCACACUCCAAUUCCACAGAGACCCCAAAUCCACAACGUCAUUGAGAGGGUUUCUGCUGGGAAGGAAAGAGAGAAAUUGGAGCAGUGUCUGUACUCGUCAUUCAAUGGAAGCCGCGGCCGGUGGUGUUUCCGCCGCUGCACGUGGCGUAUCUCUGCCGAUGACCUCAUCUCAAGCUUCCCGUAAAGAGUGGCGGGUUGUUUCCGAACAAUCGAUUCGAAAUUCCGGCAACGAGCUAGGGCCAGCGGAUGAGCGACUGAUAUAUGAGGUGCAUCAAGGAAGGGAACCGAUUGGUAUCGAUUUCAGUUCGAUACCAACUGACGGAAGCUUGGACAAUGAUGUAUUGGAGCAAAGACUUCACAGUGUGAUGAGACAGAGGGAGGAGUUGCUACACAUGGAGAUUGAGCUGAAAGCUCGGCUCAUUGCGAGAUUACAGAUUAUGGAGAUGCAGAAUACCUACGAUGCUCAGAUCAAAGAGCAUGCAGAUGCCAAUGUCAAGCUUCAGGAGCAUCUUCAUGAAAGGGAAAACACUCUAAAAGAAUUGGAAAGGAAGAUUGAAGAAAAAGAAAGAGAGCUGAAUGCAAUUAGAUUAGCCAAUGAAGCGGCAUGGGCUAAAGAGGAUCUUCUCAGAGAACAGAACAAAGAACUGGCAACCUUUCGGAGAGAGCGUGACAACUCGGAAGCUGAAAGAGCCCAGCAUCUUAAACAGAUGCACGAUCUUCAGGAACAUAUUCAAGAAAAGGAGAGGCAAUUCAUGGAGUUGCAGGAACAGCAUAGAGUUGCUCAGGAAAAUAUUAUUUUCAAAGAUGAACAAUUAAGGGAGGCCCAAGCUUGGAUUAACCGUGUUCAAGAGAUGGAUGCCUUGCAAUCAACUACUACUCACACAUUACAAGCUGAAUUGCGCGAGCGUACAGAACAAUAUAACCAGCUUUGGCUUGGUUGUCAAAGACAGUUUGUUGAGAUGGAGAGGCUUCACCUACAUACAAUUCAACAGCUCCAACUUGAAUUGGUCAAUGCAAGAGAUUCUCAAACAAAUUCAAAAGAAAUUUCUCAGUUUGCCCAGAACAAUGGAAGCCAACAAGAUGCUAGUGGAAGUGGGGCACUGAAUGGAAAUCCCGGAGGCCUUCUAAAUGGAAAUGCAGAAAACAUUUCGUCUUUCACUUCCCCAGGGAAUUCAUCAACACAGACCGACAAUGUUCAUGGUGCUCCACUCGCCCCUUCGUCCCUUAUGGGAAUGCCUACGUAUCUGCCACCUGGACCAGUGACUGCUCUGCAUCCAUUUGUUAUGCAUCAGCAGGGGGUUCCUCAUUCUGUACCAUCACAUGUUCCUCAAUCUCAUGUUGGACAUUUUCAUUCGGUACCAGCAAUUUCAUCUCUUCAACAUUGGCCAAACCAACAGGCUGUAUCAGAGGGUUCACAGAUGCCCAUUUAUAACCAGUAUCAUUCCUCCCAAAUUGAACAGAACUUGUUGAGAUCAGAUGCUAAUUAUGACUAUGAAGUGCCCGCAAAUGGGCAAGCUCUUCAUUCAGACUAUGUGAAUGGUGCUAUCAGCCAAGGGCUGGAGACUGAUUCUGUGAUUCCAUCAUCUAAUGAUGAAGGACAGGUGAUUGAGUCCAUUGAAAACAGCUAUCUGGCAGUACCCCAACCCCAGCAGAGCUUCCAACAGAUUUCUUCCCAGUUUCAUGAUGCUUUAAGAUUGGGCUCUCUUGAACAGAAUAGUGAGACCAAGGAGAACAACACUUCUAAUCAUGAACUAGAGUCCCAUGGUUUAGCUACAGAACAACCUAGUUCUGCCAAUACAUCACCAUCUGAAGCUCCAAUUUGUCCAGUCAAUAUUGGUGAAACCACAAUAAACAAUGUCACUAGUGCAAUUCUGCCUGAAGCCAUUUCCUCUACUGGGCAGAAUGACGCAGUUAUAGUGGGAAAGACUGCUGAGACUACUCUUCUUGAUGAAAGAUCAUUAUUGGCUUGCAUUGUUCGCACGAUUCCACCUGGUUGCAGUGGUAGAAUCAGGAUUAGUUCAACGCUUCCAAAUAGGCUUGGCAAAAUGCUUUCACCUCUACAUUGGCAUGAUUACAAGAAGAAGUAUGGAAAGCUUGAUGAGUUUGUCACCAGUCAUCCUGAAUUAUUUGUGAUUGAAGGGGAUUAUAUUCAACUGCGAGAAGGGGCACAAGAAAUCAUUGCAGCUACGACAGCUGUUGCUAAAGUUGCUGCUGCUGCAGCUGCUGUGACUUCUUAUUCAGCAUUGUUGCCUUCUGUUGCUGUCACUCCUAUGGCUCAGUCUCACCGAAUGAAGAAGGCCCCUUCCACUGAUUCCAACUCUGGGGCCCCCAGACCUGCCAAUGCUACUGAUAAUCUUUCACAGAUCUCAGCAAUACAGAAUCAGCAUCUUAAUGGUGUUUCAUUUAAUGUUGGUGGAUGUGUUUCCACUGUAAAAAUUUUGAGCAAACCUAAAGAUCAUAUGGAACUGAUUGGCCCCAGGCCUGGCCAUUCAUCUGUACCCUUGACAGUUGGAAAUGGACCGAAUUCUGACAGAUCCAAUUUUGGAAGUUCUGAAAGCAAGGGUUUAAUUCAUGGGCGACCUAGCACAAAUUUUAUUGGGAAGCAGCAGGGCAGGACAAUGGGGGCAGGAUCGAGUUCUAGAAGAUAGUAAGUCUCACUAAUUGUAUUGCAGAAGUUGAUUUGUUUUCAAGACAUGCAUGUCAAGCAGCUUUCUGCUUCUGUUUCUUACUCAGAAAAUUUGUAUGCAUACUUUACUAUGUCUGACUGGAGCAGAUAAUUGUCCAGUUUUGUGCUUUGCUCUCCAAAUAUUGACUGAAAAAUGUGAAUUUCCUGUACUCAAUAUAUAACGAACCACCUUGUAAAGGCUUAUAUUUUUUCUGAGAUGCUAUGUCCAUACCUUACUCUUUGCGACUUCAAUUAUGAAUUUGUACACCCGUUUGCUUUGAUCUUAUCAUUGCAUUUACAUUUCACAUACUCAUUAUGAAAUAGGGUAUUUGGAAUUACUCGGCACUGAGAUAAGCAUAUACUCGAUGUGCUUUAGCUGCUAAAUUGGGUCAAACAUGGAGAUAACAAGCUGUCUUGCACAGCUUUUUAGGAUUGCUGAUCUACAUUUACAGGUAGAAUAGGAG